AUGGAUAUCCUUCGUGCCAUCUUCAGGCAAACGGACUUCUCCUUGAAGCUGGCCGAGCAACUUAUGUCGACCGAUGAAAACAAAAACAGCAACUUUGUCUUCUCGCCUUUACUCUUGCACGUUGCUUUGAGCAUGGCGGCAUUCGGGUCGGGCGAGCCGAGCCGAACCCACCUUCUGUGGUUUCUCAGGUCCAAGUCCAUUAAUGAACUCGAAUUGCUACUUUCGCAGCUUUUUAUCCCGAUGUUGAACGACAGGGGAUCUUUGGGCGGGCCCCGUUUGUCGUUGGCCAACGGGGUUUGGGUCGACCGGAGUUUUACCUUGAAGCCCGCUUUCGAAGAAUUUGUCGUGCAAUCAUGUAAAGCUACUCUAAAAAGUGUUGAUUUUCAGGCUAAGGUUAGUUUUUGCAUUGAUGAUUGA